CCAGGGGCGGGGCCGGGAGAGCUUGAUUGACGGCCCAGGCCGCGGGGCUGGGAGAGGCGGCGACUGGGGAGUCUGCGCCGCGGCUGGCGCGGCGGGGCGCUGGUGGCACCGGGCUUCCCUCCUUCCCGGUAGCUUCUGCGCGCGGAGCCGGGGGCUGCGAGCGGACUGCUUAGAGCCCGAGGGGCCUGGAAGAGCGGUCCGAGAGAGGCGGCACUUUGUGGGGCGUGGGCGACUUCCUACCGCUCAAAAUUGCCGCAGCUUCCUCGCAAACUCCCAACGGGUGGUGGGACCUGGCGGAGAGGGGGCGGCUCCUUUACCGUGGUUUUGCUUUUAAAUAAACAGACACACGCACACGUUUGUUUUCCAGCAGGGUUUUUUCUUUUCUUUUCUUUUAGAAGCUGCCCCUCUCUGGCUAGUCCGCCAACCACUCCCCCUCCCACCCCCGCCCCGGGUACUCGCCCUUGGGCAGCCCUAGGUUUGAAGGAGCUGGGUGGGCCAGGGCAGAGCCCCCGGCUCUUACAAGUCCUGCCGCCUUCCCCUUCCCCGCCCCCAGACUGGGUCUCUAGGUGAAGAUUAGGAGAAGGGACGGUGAAAAAGGAAGGUCGACGCUGGUUGCGGAACUUCAGAACCGCUUGGAGGAAGUUACCAAGCAGAAGGAGGCAGCAUGGGUCCUAGUUUGCAUGAUUAAUUCGGAUGCUGGUCCUAAGGCCGAGAACUGUCCGAAGUCGAUAGUACCAUUGAAUCCAACCACCCCACACCCUGUUGGGCAAGAAGAGACUGAGGCCCCGGGGAGGAGAGAGGGGAAGAAACUUUCAGGCCGGGAAGGGACGCAGCACAUUAGUAUCUGGUGGGGUGCUAGAACCCUAGUCUCCUGCUACACGCCAGGACUUCGCUCAUUGAUCUCGCGGUUCCUGCAGGAGCUGACAUCUACAUCUGAUCCAGAAGGACCUAAGUCAAUGGAUUUCAAUGGACAUAAAGGGCGGUAGCGGUGCACAGAUGUAUAUCCAGCAGGCCGCCCCCGGACUCUCUUCCUGAAUGUAAGUACCAAUAAAUCUGUAUGUCUCGCCCACCAUCUCUGGGUCAUUUCUUUGGUCUCUCAGCACGAUACCUCACUGCCCUAGCCCAGCUGGGCAUGCAGCCCUACACUUGGCUGGCCAGCCAGGAGACCAAAGACACCUUUGUGAGUGCCAAGACUAUGGGGAAUGGGAAGGGGAAAUCCCCAGUUGACCGGCAUCUUCGAUGUGGGGACCAGUCACUGCCAUCCUACAUGGAUGAGGCCCACCAUGUGAGUACGGGGAUGCCCCAAAAAUGCCAAAGGGCCUUGGGGAAAUCCUGGGCAUGGUUGAUGUGGGGAAACGAAAAUCAGAAGCCCUGGCAGAAGCUAUUGCAGUGAGGUGGCCCCAUCCUUGCUGCUGUUCACUUUGCAAUAGAAGCUGAAAUGGAAGCUAAGAUGGAGGUGAGGCAGCUACAAGGCGAGUUAAAAUUAGAAAGGGAAGCAUGGCUGGUUCAAGCCAAAACUGCCAAACUUCUGUCAACAGCCUACAGGAGUCUCAUGGGAAGAUAAAGACCUUAGCCUGCUGCUUCGCCAAGAUGAAAGGGCGAUGGCUGCCACAGGCAAAGGUACGAGCUCUCAUGACAACGAGAUUGGAAGCCAAAAGAAUGGGACCCAUGUAAAUCAAGCAAUGAAGAAAGUGAGGACACUGUUGCCUGGGAUGAACCAUUAGAGGUUCCUGUAAUAGCUGUCCCACCCAUCCUAACCGAGUAGUUAAAGUCUGACCAGCCCUGACCCACACAGUGGAUCCCACGGACCUGCCUCCACCUGUUUGGCAUAUGCAUUCCAGCAAGAGGGCUUAUACCGCCACAGAACUGGUGGAAUUGGGCAACAAAUUUAGGCAGAAGGGGAGAGCAAGUAUCCCCAGCUGGUUUUUGUGUCUCUGGGAUGCUGGUGCAGAAGGCAUUUUGCUAUCGGGGGUGGAGAUGAGAAAAAUGGCUUCUGUCACCUCCCACCCCACCCUGCGGCAACGCCCUUAUGCCGGCAUUAAUGAGGACAGGGCAAUCUCUCUCCUGACCUGGCUAGUCACUGCCUGCAGGGGUGCCUGGACCAAUGAGGGAGACAUACCCAUGCCCCCUCCCCUUUGGCAGACCAUGGAAGAACUACAGGAAUUAUUGAGGGAAUUAGGUAUGAAGCAUGCGGUUUGCACUGAACGCUUCCAAGAGCCUGACGAUGAGAUUUUUACUGCAGGCAUAAAAGACACUGUGUUGGAAACAGCUCCUAACCAAUGGUAUGGGGCCUUGGUUUCAAUUCUCAGUCCUUUGGUGGGUCAAACAGUGUCCCGGGGCAACCCAAGCCAUAGCCAACCUGGGAGAAACAGACAAAAUCAGAAAGAAGGAGGUAAGGGCUCCUGGGGUCCCGGGAGGGAAGGAAGAUAAAGGGGGCAAAAGGUUAGAUUGACUCUAGGCAGAUGUGGCAAGACUUGAUGGCUGCAGGCACCCCUUGGGAAAAAAUAGAUAAGCAGCUGAACACUGUUUUGGUGGCAUUAUGGCAGAAAUUAGAGCCAAAACAGAGGUUCACCAAGCCUGCUUCUGGGGAAGCCCCUGGGGCUGCCCACCCCAUGGCACCCCCCGUGACAACAUGGGAACAUCCCAGCCCUUUUGACUAGGGAAUAGGUUAAGGGAUCCCAACUCACCCCUGUAACCAUGUGCAUGUAGCAUGAGUUUCAGGGGACCAGAGGCCACAUGUAGAGCUGACAAUUUAUUGCUCUACCAACAAUAAAUAGACUGUUUUAGCCUUAGUAGACACAAGAGCAGAAUGUACUUUGAUUCAUGGCAAUCCAUCUCGUUUUGAUGGCCCUAUUUCUGUUACAGAUGGUUAUGGUGGGGGCACAGUCAAGGUGAAACUAGUGCCGCUGGUGUUGCAGAUAGGGCGUCUCUUGCCAAAACGGUAUAUGGUUUAUAUUGCCUAUAGCGGAAUACAUCCUGGGUAUGGACAUCUUCACUGGCCUGACUCUACAGACUACUGCUGGGGAAUUUCAUCUCCGGGUCUGCAUGAUUAAAGCUGUAAUAAGGGGCCAUGCCAAAUGGACUCCAGUGAAGUUGCCCCAACUGCGUCGUGUGGUGACAAUAAAGCAAUAUCGUCUCCCGCGGGGGACAAGAUGAAAUCAUGGGAACUAUACAGAAGUUGGCAAAGACCUCCAGGAAGCCUCCUGCUCCCUCGUCGCCCGCCUACAUCAGCAAGGAUGGGUGGUAAACAACAACAAAUCACAAGGGCCUGGGUUGUCUGUCAAAUAUUUGGGUGUUGUCUGGUCAGGAUGAUAUCUGCCAACCUCUUCACUGCCUGGGCACACACCUUUGCUGAUAUACAAAAUCGCUCCAACUGCUGGGUAUGCAGCGAGCUACCUCUCUCUUCAACCACGGGGUUACCAUGGCGUCUCCAAGCUGCCAACGCCUCUGACUGGAGAGCCCUGCAAGAGAGAAGGAACGCCGCCCACUUUCCCAUUUCUGCUCCCCUCCUACCAAGUAGCCUGUCCUUGCCCUCUUAUGCUGCUUCUCGAAAGCAUAUCUCCCAGCUUAUGCGUGAGCAGGUUAAUACAACCCCAAAGGCAGGGUACUCUGUAUUUGAUGGCGUAGGAUGGUUAACUGCUGUACAAAUAGAAUUAAGAGGGUCCCUUCCCUGGUGUGUUGAAUGUCACAAUAGCUCUGCACCACCAAAUAAAAGUAUUUCAAGAAAUGUGGGGUGGACACCUAAAGCAACGUGUAACCAAACAAUUAUUAUUACUGCUGAUAUGUGGCUGGGAAAACAAGACAACACCAUCAGAGGAGCCUAUGCCUCUCCUCGGGGGUGGCUGUGGGCUUGUGGCACACACGGCUGGCCCUAUCUGCCUUAUAACUGGACUGACAGAUGCACAUGGGGGCGCCCUUACAUCCCUGUACGCGUCCUGUCUUCCCUUCAACAGCGUCCUUCUAAUUGGGAGGCAGUCCGUGCGCGCCAUCGUGUGCGACGUACUGUAGGGUUGUUUCACCCCCUUGCUGUCUUCUCCCCUCCGGCUGUGGCUGUGGAUGUAGAAUGGCAAGUGUCUGCCCUAGCCCAACAUAUGGCAAGAGCCCUCAGUGAUACCAGACAUGCAAUAACUCUACUAAAUGAAGAAACCUCUCAAAUGAGACAAGUAGUGUUACAAAAUAGAAUGGCCUUGGACAUGCUUACCGCAGCCCACGGAGGAAGCUGUGCCCUGAUUAAAGUAGAAUGCUGUGUGUAUAUCCCUGAUCAUGCCCACAGUGUUCCCUCUGUGAUGGCCUCCUUACGUGCUCACGUACAGGCUGUUGAGAACCUGUCCACCAACCCAGUAUCCACUUGGAUACAAUCCCUCCCCUCCACUUGGCAACAUGUUUUCUUUACUGUCCUUGCCUGUUUACUGCUGCUUUUAUUUUCAUGUUGUGCUGUCUAUUGCUGUCAUGGUCUCUGACUACAGUGCUCCUCUGUGUCUGGCUCAAGGGAA